CCACUUUUUUUUCGCUUCUUUUUCAACAGCUGCCCAACAUUUAUACCAAACACGUAUUUAUAAGAACGACUUCUGCCGAAUUCAUCACUUGGAAUAUUCACCUACAUUUUAGAUCUCCAUAUUAUUGCUAGGCAAAGCUGCCAGACUACACCAUGGCCGACGCUAACCGGGGUCAAGCCGCUGCCCCUCCAACUGGCGCUACCGAUGCCGUUCUCAUGAAGUCGGAGGCGAUGCCUGCUGAUGCGCAGAAAGUAGAAGAGCUCGACUUCAACAAGCUCAAAGGCCCCAUUACUGCUGAGGACCUCUUUCUCGGUAUGAGACACAUGGGUUUCCAGGCAUCUGCCAUGGGCGAGGCCAUCCGAAUUAUUAAUGACAUGCGUGCCUGGCGUGACCCUGAAUCAGGUGAAAAGACAACCAUAUUUCUUGGAUAUACCUCUAAUCUCAUCUCUUCCGGUCUCCGUGGCGUCCUGCGUUGGCUUGUCGAGCACAACCACGUAUCCGCCAUUGUCACCACGGCUGGUGGCAUUGAAGAAGACUUCAUCAAGUGUCUUGGAGAGACAUACUUGAGCUCCUUUUCUGCAGUUGGCGCUGAUCUGCGCAAAAAGGGUCUUAACCGUAUCGGCAACUUGGUUGUGCCCAACGACAACUACUGCGCUUUCGAGGACUGGGUUGUUCCCAUUCUGGACAAGAUGUUGGAAGAACAGGAAGCCAGCAAGGGCACAGACGAGGAAAUCAACUGGACUCCUUCCAAGAUUAUUCACCGUUUAGGCAAAGAAAUCAACGACGAACGCUCAGUCUACUAUUGGGCAUACAAGAACAACAUCCCCGUCUUCUGCCCAGCCUUGACCGACGGCAGCCUGGGCGAUAUGCUCUACUUCCAUACCUUCAAGUCAUCCCCGCAGCAACUUAAGGUGGACAUUGUUGAGGACAUUCGCCGCAUUAAUACCCUUUCCGUUAGAGCCAAGCGCGCCGGUAUGAUCAUUCUGGGCGGCGGCAUCGUCAAACAUCACAUUGCCAACGCCUGCCUUAUGCGCAAUGGCGCCGAGUCGGCAGUCUAUAUCAACACUGGCCAAGAAUUUGACGGUAGCGAUGCAGGCGCUCGUCCAGAUGAGGCUGUAUCCUGGGGCAAGAUCAAGAUUGGGGCAGAUAAUAUCAAGGUCUAUAUGGAGGCGACAGCCUGCUUCCCAUUCAUUGUGGCCAACACUUUUGCCAGGGAUAUUUAGUGCCGAAGCAACCGCAAAUGUAUAUACAAUCAAAAGUAGAUGGGCGUUUAUAGAAUCAUGACUGAAUGCAAUUUUAUGUGUCACGGAUCAAUUUCCUAAAAGCUUCGAGAGCCUUCGCCCAAUCGGCGGCUCCUUCACCCUCUGCCCAUAGACCAACUUUUUCAAUUCCUUCAAGAUCGGUCUUCAUGUGAUCUUCGUUUGUCGUUCCGUCCAAAAUGGUUACAUUCUCUAAGCCGAGGACGAGGCAAUAAUAAGCGACGACGCGAUCGACGCCUGCACCUUGCGCCACAAUCUGCGUUGGCUUCAUAUCCGCUAAUUUAUGGUUGCCACUGUACGUCCAAAAUGAUUGGUAUAUAGCGUUAUUCCGGCGACAAAAGUCACGAAUCUCAUAGGCGAAGCCGGUGCGGGGAUGGAAGUUGUUUUGCACCACAGCUGGCUUAACCGUGGCAAGCUCGUCAAUUUCCUCUAGCGUAUCAAUGUCGACAUUAGAUAUACCGAUAUUGCGAAUGAUAUGCGGGUGAUAGCUCUCUAACGUUUUCCACACAAUCAUGCUUUCGUCAAUUGUAUCCAGCGGGCUGUGAAUGACGACGCUAUCAAGGUACGGCUCCUCUCCCUCGACGGUGAAGUUUUUCAGCGACGACUGCAGCGAUUGGCGGACUCUUUCGUCUAAGGGAGCAUCCAUACUGUAGGGCUUGAACUCAUUUUGCCCACCGGGAGGCGUGAAUUUCGUUUGAAUCUAUUGGCGGGUUAGCACACGCUCAGAGAGUACCUGAGCAAGGGAGCCUACAAAGACAUCUCCGCGCUUGACAAGUCCUUCAGAGACCGCUUUGCGGAAUCCUUUUCCUACACCAGCUUCGUCAUAGUGUUUCGGCUGUGCUGCCGUAUCGAUGCCUCGGAAACCGGCCUUGAGGGCUGUAUAGACGAGGUCGGCAGUUCUCUCCUUCUUCCAAGCCGUGCCAUAGACUAGCUUGGGCAUCCGCGUAGUGCCAUUGCUGCCCAGGAGAAAGUCCUUGGUCAAUCGCGAUGCCUGCGAUCCGAUACCAGCCAUUUUGUUCUUGGCGAGCAGGUUUCGGAUGGUUUCCGGUGGGUAG